UUCUUCCUCCACUGGUCUUGGUUUUCGGUCCGUGCCGGCCGCAAAUAUCCACUUGCUUCUCUCCUCUCUGUGUCUCGGGCUCUCACCCUCCUCGCACACUCACACGCGCACCAUGGCGGCGCUCUGCUCCGCCUCCCCAGCCAUCUCCGCGGCGGCGUCCCUCGGGUCGCCUGCGCGCCGGGUCGCGUCCCUCCUCCGCCUGCGCCUCCGCACCGCCUCGUGCUCCUACUCCCUCGCUUCGGCACCGCGGGCGGCGGCGGCGGGGGUGCCGUCGUGGCGAGCGCGCCGGCGGUUCGUGGCGUCCGCGGCUUCCACCACGGAUGCGGAGGAGUGCUCUGGGGUGGAGACGCUCAUCCCGCCCGACAAUCGCAUCCCCGCCACAAUCAUCACCGGCUUCCUCGGUUCCGGCAAGACAACUUUACUGAAUCACAUCUUGACUGCUCACCAUGGAAAGCGAAUUGCUGUUAUUGAAAAUGAGUUUGGAGAAGUAGACAUUGAUGGUUCAUUAGUCGCUGCACAAACUGCUGGAGCUGAGGACAUAAUGAUGCUAAAUAAUGGCUGCCUUUGCUGCACGGUGCGUGGCGAUUUAGUCCGUAUGAUUGGUGAAUUGGUGAACAAGAAGAAGGGGAAGUUUGAUCAUAUUGUUAUUGAAACCACAGGUCUAGCAAAUCCAGCACCCAUUAUACAGACAUUCUAUGCAGAGGAUGUAGUUUUUAAUGAUGUCAAGCUGGAUGGUGUUGUCACUUUAGUUGAUGCAAAGCAUGCUAGACUUCAUUUGGAUGAAGUAAAGCCCAAGGGUAUAGUCAACGAAGCAGUUCAGCAAAUUGCCUAUGCUGACAGAAUUAUAGUUAACAAGGUUGAUCUGGUCAAUGAACCUGAAGUUUCGUCCUUGGUUGAGCGUAUAAGGGGUAUCAAUCGCAUGGCUAAUUUGAAGCGAGCUGAGUAUGGUAAAGUUGAUUUGGAUUAUGUUCUUGGAAUUGGAGGAUUUGAUCUGGAGAGGAUUGAGAGUGCUGUUGCUGAGAAGUCACAUGAAGACCACGCAGAACAUGACCAUGACCACCACCAUCAUGAGCAUGAGCAUGAACACGACCAUCACCAUGAUCAUGACCAUCAUCACCAUCAUGAUCAUGAUCAUGGACAUGAUCAUCAUGCACAUGAUCACACUCAUGAUCCUGGUGUUUCUUCUGUGAGCAUUGUUUGCGAAGGGGAGAUGGAUCUUGAAAAGGCUGACUUUUGGUUGGGGAACCUACUUCUGGAACACAGUGAGGAUAUAUACAGGAUGAAGGGACUACUUUCUGUCAGUGGAAUGCCACAGCGAUUUGUCUUUCAGGGAGUGCAUGACAUUUUCCAGGGAUCUCCUGAGAGAAUGUGGGAGCCAAAUGAACCUCGCAUCAACAAGAUUGUCUUCAUCGGCAGGAACCUCAAUAAAGAAGAGCUGGAGAAGGGGUUCAAGGAUUGCCUACUGAAGAAAUAGACUGAUUCCAGGAUACAGACGGGAUGGAUCUCCAGCUUCAUGAUUUUGAGCUUUGUGGCUGCAGAACUUAUCCUCGAUAACUGACAUGACAUGGAACGCAAGAUGUAUCGAAUCGAUAGCAUUAUUGCAACCUUGCAUCCUCACGAAACAACAGCAGUAGUCUAUCAUAGUGUCAUUGCACGGUGUUGCAUGUAACCAAUAGAGAUUGUAGACUGUCUUUGUCUUUGUGAUUCAGGAAAAUCAUAUCACAUGGUAUAAUAUAUACUGUCGUACGUGUUAGCAACCGAGAGUCGUUCAAAAUU